UCGGCUGGGUAUAAAGUCAGCGAUUGGCAGGGGUGGAGGGAGGGAGGAGACAAACCCUCCCCUGGUGGGUCCCCUCCCCUGGAUUCCCCCCUCCCUUUGCAAGUGGGAUAUAAGCCCCGCAGGGAAGCUCUGAGCCGAGCACUCUAGCCUGCCUUCCGCCUCCUGCUCAUCUCGCUUCAGGAGCUGUCGCUAUGGUGGCGGUGCAUAGGCCUUGGUCCGUCAUGGUCGCAGUGCUGCUAGUCCUGCUCGCCUGCCUGGGAGCGCUGGUGGACGCCUACCCCACCAAACCCGAGGCUCCGGGUGAAGACGCCUCCCCGGAGGAGCUGAGCCGCUACUACGCUUCCCUGCGCCACUACCUCAACCUGGUCACCCGACAGCGGUAUGGGAAAAGAGACAUUCCAGAUGCUGUAUUCUCCAAACUGCUGUUGACUGACGACAGCGAAAACCUCCCCAUUAGGUCUCGGCCAGAAGGUGCCUACCAAUGGUGAAGACCCCAAGUCCUCCUUCGAGAUGUGCUAACUGUACCGACUUCAUUUGCAUACUUGGUUCGAAGAGGGGACUCCAUGUCUUGGUGUCCCGAGUGCCCAGGCUUGAGGGCUGUGUGUGUUCAUUUCCCUGUCCCCAAAUAAAAAAGCAAAUUUCACACAAAA